AUUAUCCCCCCAAAAAUUCCCCUUUUUCUCCCUAUAAAAUUCCUGAUUUCCCCCAAAAAUUCCCGAUUAUUUCCCCCACAACCUCACCAUUUUCUCCCAAAAAAAUUCAGUAUUUUCUGCAAAAAAAGUUCCAUUUUUUCCCAAAAAAAUCCCAUUUUCCCCCCAAAACCUCCCAGUUAUCCCCCGCAAAAAUUCCCCUUUUUCUCCCCAUAAAAUUCCCGAUUCCUCCCCAAAAAUUCCCGCCUUUUGCCCAAAAAUAUUCCCGGUUUUUCCCCCUCUUUUCCCGCGUUUUUUUUCCCGGGAAUGACGCGAGCCCCGUGACUCAAAUGGCGGGAAUUUCCCAGCGGGGCGUGGCCUCCGCCUAAACCACGCCCCCUUCCCCUCUCCGCCAAUCACAUCGCGCCGUGGGCGUGGCCGCCGCCCGCCGCUAUAACCGCGGGGCCGCGGGUUCGAAUCCCGACGUCUCCCUCGCCAUGUCCGUGGUGGUGGCGGCGGUCGCGGCCACCGCGCGGUGCCCGGGCCGGGUCUGGGGACAUCCCGAGGGUGUCCCCGGGGCGGUGGCACCGUCCCCACCUCGGCACUUCACCUUCGAGCCGCUCCCGCCGCCCCCCGGCCCCUCCCGGCCUCGGCGGCGACAUCGCCGCGUUCUUUAUCCGCCCGCUGUUCGCCGCCCGCUGCCCUCGGAAGAGCCGAGCGCCGCCAAGCGCCUCCUGCUGCUGCUCCUGGCCGUGGUGAGCGCCCAAAUCUACAGCGCGCCCGGCGACGCCGACGCCGCUUCGGGGGCCAGGACGGCCCUGGGGACACCCCCGGGGACACCCCCGGUCCUCGAGGGUCCCCAAAUUCCCACCGGGAACGGGAACGGCACCGGGAACGGGAACGGCACCGGGAACGGGAACGGCACCGGGACUGCACCGGGCGGCCGUUUCUGCCCCGCGGCGCCGCUUCUGUCGCCCCCUGGUGGCGCUGCGGGGAACUGAACGACCCCCAAAACCCCUCCCGGGGGCGGCGCCCAAAAGUGCCACGCCCCCCUGGGCUAAUUAACGAGGUCGUUAAUUAAGGACCAAGAGAUGGAAGAAGGCAGGAUGCUGAACAAUCCCAGGAGUGCCACGCCCCCCUGGACUAAUUAACGAGGUCCUUAAUUAAAGACGAAGAGAUGGAAGUCCCAGGAGUGCCGCGCCGCCCUGGGCUGAUUAACGAGGUCGUUAAUUAAGGUUGAAGAGCUGGCGGCUGGAUAAUCCCAGUUUGGAACUGGGAGCACUGGGAAGGGGUCGAGCCAUAGAUUGAGAUGGAUUUUCCCAUCCCUUAAUUAAUUAGCCGGUUGGUUAAACUCUAAUUAAUGACCAGCUCCUUAAUUAGCUGCCAUUAAUUGAGGUGGGAACAAAGCCAACAUUUGGAUUUUGAGGUUCCUCCAUCCUAGUUCGGAACUGGGAGCACUGGAAAAGGGUGUGGUCAGGACGGCCUCGUUAACGAGAUUUUAACUAACGAGGUCACCUCUACCUCAGCUUCAGCGCCUGUGGGUGCUGAAUUGGUUAUUAAUUAUUUAUUAUAAUUAUUUAUUUGUUAUUUAUUUCUUCUUAUUGAUUUGUUCUUAUUUAUUAAUUAUUUAUUAUUUAUUUAUUAAUCCCCUCUGGGUGAUUGAUUGUGACUCAGUUUGGGGGGGAUUUUUAAUAUUUUACCUAAUUAAAGUCAUCGAGUGAACUAA